CGGGCGCCGGGGCGGGGCGGCGGCGGGGCCGUGGCUCCUCCCCUCCCGGCAGCCGCAUUCGCCUCCCGGAGCCGCCGCAGCGCGCGGAGGUUUGUGCUGUGUGGCGCUGGUCUCCCACCUCCUGAUUGCACUUGAUGUUUGCGGGGAGCUGGAUGGUCUGACCAGAAGGGCUGUGGGGUUCUGCGCGGAGCUCGGGUGCUCCCGGCAAGCUAGCACCAUGCUGGCCCCAAAGAAAGGCCUGCUCUGCAACCUGAACCACAUCCACCUGCAGCACAUCUCCCUGGGGCUGCACCUCUCCCGGCACCCGGAGCUGCAGGAGAGCUCCAUCCCCACGGCUCGAGGAGACCAGACAGACUGCGGUGACUGUCAGGAGAACUGCGGGCAAGUUGAUGCCAAUUCCAACAAUCCUUCCUUGGAGUGCCAGUGCUGUGAAUCCCACAUGCAGCCGCCUGUGAAGCUGGGGCUCCAGAACCAGACAGCUCAGGAGGAUUUCCCCUGCCUGCACGCUGGGGAGGAUGUGGCUUCCCCUUGUGAUCCAGCUUCCACCUCCUCCUCUGUCAGUAGCUGCUCAGAUUUCAGCCUGGAUGACUCCCCAGUCUCUGUGUACUGCAAGGAGUUUGUGAGAGAAGAGCCCCAGUACCCUGAAAAUCAGCCCAACAUCAUUCCCAUAGAGGAUGCCCAGGAAGACCCACUGCUGGCUGAGCAGGGAGACACGUGUGAUGGGGGAGAUGCCAGCCUCGACCCCCUGGUGCUCCCCAGACCAGACACCCCGGCCGAGGAGACCCCUGACAGCCUCUGCAGCAGCAGCUCACUUGACUCCCAGUACGACGAACCCUCUCCCAACAUGGUGAUGCCGAAGACCCUGCAGCCUUCCCCCAGCAUCUGUGCUGACCUAGAUCCCAACUGCAACACCCUCCCCACACCUUCACUGCCAGGACACUGGGAUCACAAUCGGAACGCCACUCCGGAGCGGAGGCCCAGGUCUGAGAGCGUGCCCCCUCCCGUGCCACCGAGGCCCAGGAGAGGGCUGCAGGCGCUGGCCAGGCAUGAAGCGGAGCCGCCUGCCCUGCCAGAGAAGCCUGCUGAGCCGGAGCACGGCUCGGGAGAGCUCUGCAGGGAUGAAGGCAAGAAGACCAUCACCUCUUUCCAUGAGCUUGCCCAGAAGCGGAAGAGAAAUGCCACCGGGCCCGCUCUUGCCCAGACCAGGAGCGACCAGAGCGACUGGCUGAUUGUAUUCUCGCCCGACACGGAGCUGCCGCCCCCCAGUGAGCUCGUCCCCAGCACCAUGGGCCAGGACCCACCCCAGCUCCAGCUCCAGCCUGAGCGGCAGGUGAGACCUCCCAGUUCCAGGCAGAGAGAGGUGACCACCUUCAAGGAGCUCCGGUACCGCAGUGCUUUCAGCAAGCACAAGGUCCAGCCAGCUGGAGAGCAGCGAGAGGCAGCCGCCCCCCGGGACCCGCCUGCCCCCCCGGAAGUGCCUGUGGGCAGCAGCCCUGGCAGCAGUGAGAGCCCCGGCUGGAUGCGACCCGCACCUGCAGGGGAGCAGCUGCCGGCACCUGGGGAAAGCCACCAGCCAAAGAGAAGGAAAUCUCGGCCAGGGCUACAGCCCAUUGCAGAGGGACAGCUGGGUGACGUGGAGGAAGCGGGGCUGCCGCCGGAGAGCUGCUUCCCUGGGAAGAAGGGGCCAGGGCCUGUCUGCAAUAAGGAGGCACUGGUUUGGAGGCCCGGGGGGCCGGGCGGGGACCCCUGGGUGCCAGGCAAGGCAGAGAAAGGAGACGGGACCUGCAAGGAGGCCGGGCGCGCUCCGCCCGCCGCGGCCGCCCCGGGGCCGGACCCGCCUGGCCUGGCUGAUGCGGACGGAGCCCAGCGCCCGCCGGCGGCGCGGAAGAGAGCCCUGCUGGUCGCAGUCAGCGCCUCCGUGGACAAGAUUGUGGCUCACUUCAGCACUGCGCGGAACCUGGUGCAGAAGGCUCAGCUGGGAGACAGCUGGCUCAGCCCCGACGUGGGCUACCUGCUGCUGCACACCCUUUGCCCAGCACUCUAUGCCUUGGUGGAGGACGGGCUGAAGCCCUUCCAGAAGGAUGUUAUCACAGGCCAGAGGAAGAAUUCGCCCUGGAGCGUUGUUGAAGCCUCAGUGAAGCCAGGCUCCAGCACCCGCUCUCUGCACGCCCUGUGCUGGCAUGUGUCCAGGCUGGCUCCCCUCAACAGCACCAGGCAGCGGUUUCAUGCCUUUGUUCUUGGCCUUCUGAACAUUAAGCAGCUGGAGCUGUGGAUCUCCCACCUGCAGAAGAGCCCAGGUGUGAUCUCCAUGCUCUACUUUCCCACGGCCUUCUUUGCCCUGAGCCAGGGCCCCCUGCCCCAACUCGCUGAUGAACUGCUGCUGCUUAUCCAGCCCCUCUCAGUGCUGACUUUCCACCUGGACCUGCUGUUUGAACACCACCACCUCUCCGUGGAUGUGAGGCCCUUGCCCCGUCGGCCGGAGUCGCCCCCUUGUCCUGCCCAUCGCCCCUCUCGGAGGAUCAGUCUCCUCCCCGCUCAGGCCCAGGGGGUUGUGAAGCCCCAUCUGGAAGGCCUAAGCGGUACUGAAGCGGCAAGCCUGGAGUGUGAGAUUCUCCCUGGUCAUCUGGGGAGGGCAGACUUGAGAGGUGCAGAGGGAAGUACAAGAUCUCAGGCCCAAGCAGCUGUGCCUGGACCAUUCCCCAGCCCCCAGGUGGGGGCUGCCUUGCAGCACACACUCCAGCAUGUGCUGCGGUGGGGUGACCAGCUCAGUCGCACCUUUCUGGGAGCUGACACCCCCGUUGAGAACGUCAGGCAGGAGACAGGCCCUCAGGACACAGGGGGAGGCCUCAGCAGCUGGUGGGACCAGCUGAGCCAGGCCUCCAGGAUCUAUGUUGCUCCUAGUAAGGAAGGGUUCCCCUUCAUCCGGUGGACAAAGCUGCGGACGGCUGCAGGAGAUGCCAGCCCUGUCCAGACAGCACGACCCGAAGCAUCUGCAAAUGAGCCUAGAGGCACAGAGCUGCAGCUCCUUCAGACCAAAGCUGUCACUGAAUGCCCCAGUGCAGAUCCCAUCAGCAGUGCUGACAACUCUAGGGCCUCUUCCCCUGAAGAUCUCUUCCUGCCUGCUGGAGCCAGGGCAUCCACCAAGCCAGCUGCUCCCGCUACUGGAGAGAAGCUGCUGUUGGCCUCACCAGAGCCUUGUGCUGAUGGAAACCAGGCAGCCCCUUCUAACCCAGCAGCCGGCAGUCCUCCUGGCCCUGAGAAGGGCAGCUGGCUGGGCCGACUCUUCGGAGCCACCCGCCCGUCUGCCAGAGGCUUCCCUCUCAGUCUUGACACCACCGCAACUAGAUCCAGGAGACCCUCUAGUUGGCUGUCCCCAAGCAUGACUGUUCUUGCUGCAGCGAUGAAGGGGGGAGCUCCUGAGAAGACCUGUGCUCAAGAACAGCCAGCGAGGAGAAUGGCUGACCCGCCUCAGACCCACAGGGCGGUUCGGGCACUGUGUGACCACGCAGGCGCCGGUGCUGGCCACCUGAGCUUCCAAAAGGGGGACAUCCUGCAGCUGGUCUCCACCGUGGACGAGGACUGGAUCUGCUGUUGCCGUGGGAGCAGCACUGGCCUGGUUCCUGUCGGCUACACCUCCCUGGUCCUGUGACAAGGCCGGCGCUGCUGGAAGCGCUCGCGGUCCUGCAGGGGAUGCCUGCUCCAGUGCCAUCCUCCGCUGCUUGUGAGCAUGAAGCUACCUGCAUCCCGUGAGCUGCCGCUGUGUGUUUUCCCACAGCCGUGCUGGUGGUUUCCUCUGGGCCCCGUGUGGGAUGUGCGCUCGCUCUCGUUUGCUCAGCUGCUGCCUGUGACAGUGCGGAAGGUGGGAAGGAGCCUGCCCCUGUGCGUUGUUCAGUCUUGUGUGCUCUGUGUGCCAUUACGGCCUGUCACUGCUGCCUGCUCCAUGGCCCUAUCUCACCCCAGGGCGGGUGUCAUGGCCCAGGCCAGCCCCUGCUGCCCAUGCACAGUCCCAGCACUCUGUAAAUAGCCGUCACUGAAGGAACAAGCUUAUUCUUGGGGGAAGAGCUGGAAAUAAAGGUUGUGACUCACGUGUCA